GGUUCUUCUCACUACGGUACCGUAAAUGGAUAAUUAUGACGUCGAAAGUCUAAGGGAAUGGGCACCGUUGACUGAUCUGCUGGAAAAAGUCCCGGCUCGCAUUCAGAAAGGUAUCUUUUCACAGAACCUGAACAUAACAUCCGUGGCUGCCGUUCCGGAGUUUAUUGCCCUCGGGACGGAUGCCGGCAUCGUCUUUUGGUAUAAUCGAGCAUCCGGGGAAAUCCAAAAGCUUCGUAAUGAGGGAACAUCGCCCAUUACUUGUCUGCGCGUUGUCUCCUCCGUGGAGUACAUGGUGGCCGCCGGAAAUUCCUCGGGCCAGGUCAACGUUUUUCAAAUACAAAAAGAACUUCCGCCCGAUUUGAAUUUAGCAGCCCCGCUCACGAAAACGAAACCAAUUGAACGCUACACGAUCCGAGACCUGCAUCGCGGACCGGUUACGUGUUGUGAAUGGUCGAAGAACGGCAUGAAACUGUUCUCAGGGGACAAGCAAGGAGUUGUUGUUCUAACCGAAUUCGACUAUCAAGCGCACUUAAGUAAAUCAGUUGAAAUCCUGAACGAAGCUUACGAUAUAGUCCAAUUAAGUUUAAGCCAACAGUAUCUCCUCGUAUCUACAACAUUUCGGUCAAUUAUAUGCUUGCGCGAGAAGAAUGGUCAAUGGCAAGUUUCACAAGUCGGCAAAAAAGAUCGGAAGGUUCUGAGCGAUUUCGGUGGUACGUUUUGCCCGGCAUCGCCAACAUCAACAACCAAAACACCAACCGUCAUAUGCAGUCGACCUGGACUGCGAUUUUGGAUCGCUGACUGCAGCGGCAACGUGCAGCAAACUCUACUGUUCAAAGAAGCAAUUACCAGAAUGCCCGUUUGGGAAAUACCUCUGCUAAACCCUUCUAAGGGAAUAUCGAAACCAUUACAGAAUUUCGGAAAAGUUUUUAUGUACUCAAAAAAUUUCAUAAUUACGUACGAUGAAGGACGAUUGUUCGUAUUGAAUUUGGAUAAGUUGCGAGUUGAAGCUAUCACGCAAAUAAUGCGAGGAAUAUCUGAUGUGGCGAUAUGUGGCAAGGAGAUAUUUGUUUUAGAGGGGCCAAGAAGUCUGAUUCGAUUGUCAUCAGCACCAGAACCACCAAAUAAGACAACCAAGAUCAUUUUUAAUCCACUUCUACCGCCGCCAGUUCCUUCUCGUUCAUUAUUCGAGCUACCGUUUGAAUUUGAAGCCGAAGAAGAAGCUGUGAUCAAUGCUGAAGAAUGUUUUGAACUACCUCCAAUACAACAUAUCGACUUAGAUAUUCCUAUCCAGGCAAAACCUGAAUCCCCUACUUCAAAGCAAAAUAAAUUGUUAAUGGAACAGAGCAGGAGGAUAGAAGUUUUUGAUAGGAUUAAUGAAAUGGAAUACGAAGAUUCGAUACUUUAUCGAAGCGGCGCGAACCGACGACACAAAAAGGAUCCAAGCUCUAGUAAAGGCCAUUCUUCGAAGAAGAAGAAGGCGAAAAGCGGCAUUGUGGAAAUUGGGCAAGCAAUGGAUGAAACGCCAAGCAGUUCAAGUUCAUUUGAUAAGACUAGUGGAGAGAGUAAUAAGAAGAGCAAUAUGAAAUUAGAAGUGACGACACGACCACUUCAAAUGGAUGCUAGCUUUUGCACAGACACUUGUCUAUUGCCUGACCCUCGGUCACCCGACACGCUAAAAAGAGUUCUCGAACCCAAAGAGCGGGCCUUGGCAGCAUGUUUGAAUUUGGAACCAGUGAAACUAGUAGAAAUAACUAAAGAAGAUCUGCAAAAGUCGGUACUAGCGGCAAAUGAAAACAGUUCGCUACCGGUUUUGCAGUAUCCAAUUAAGUAUCCUAUUUCAAGUGGCGUUGAUGAUGCACAAGUCCAAACAACACCACGCAAAAAGCUUCAUUUCAUCAAUGAUGAACCAGAUUCUCCUAAAUCAGCGAAUCCUGCUGGUGUAGUGAAAGAUACUGAUGAUGAAACAACCCUAUCUCGAGAUAUGAAAAAUGUAAUGAUACAAUCAGAUUGCACAACUUCAAUGAGUCCCAUGAAAUCAACCGAACGGGAUAAGUUAACGAAAUCGCUGCAAUUUACAGCAACAAGUCCUACUUUGGAUGCGUCCACAAGCUACCAACGAGAGGAGAUACCGCGGCCUGAAGGAAAUCUUGCAGUUGAAGAUAUUCCGGAUGUUCAGUCUAUGCCCGAAUACAUGAAUAUACCAUCAAUAUGGAAUGUGCGAAUCGAAAGGGUUGACGAUACCAAUGAACAAUCGGAAACUCAUAUUUCCGGCGAUUGGGAAAUUGUCGACAAUUAGUGCAAGUCCGAAGUUAAAAAUAUAAAUAUGCUUUCGAAUGAUAUUGUAAUUGUAAUGCUAUCGCCAUUUUUUUUGUAUUUUUUUUCCAUGUCGCAAGCGUGUGAUUUUUUAGUGGCGGGGAGAAUUGUUAUAAAUGCGUUUCGAGUAUUUAUUUCCACCUCUUCUCUCUAAUUUUUCUCAUUCCAAUUACGAUGAGAUGCAAAAGUCGUGAAACAUUCCUUUCAACUACGAGUAUUUCUUAUAUCAUUUUUUCACGCGGUCGACGAGCGUCCCCAAAUUUCAAUGAUGGUACAAUCGUAAAAGUGUUUUCCAAACAAAUAAAUGGAGAAAGCAAGUUUAUCGAUCAAUCCAAACAGCUACUUCUAAUAGCAGAAUUGCUUUUUCGUGACAGCUUUUAUGGAGAAAAUAACUUAUUUAUGAUGCAGCCUCUGUCGUCUCGAAAUAAGAAAAGUCAAUCAAUCCCAUGUGAUUUGGUUUUCUCAAUAAACACAAAAUAGAUAGCUAUCACACAUAAAUAAGAAGCUCACAUUCCUCAUUAAUGCAAGAAAAGCCUUGAAACAUAAUGCUGGCGACACUGAUACCAUGCUGCAUCUCCCCGUGUCGACAGUAAUUACCUCAAUUACAAUUUUUUAGGCAACAACCACUUUCCAUUAUUGCCUAUAUUGAUAAGAAUCCAAAGAUUUUCUAUUUAUUUUUCAAUCAAAAAUAUAUACAUCAAUCCGGGAAAUUCGAUUGAAUCGUCGAUUGAAUUGUCCAACAAUUCUAGAUCUCAUUGUCUAUUCUCGUCUUAAAAUUCGAAAUAAUCUAUAACGACCGUAAGAGGUAGAUUCCAAUUGUUAGACCUUGGCUUCUGUCCUUUCGAUAUUGGUUAUUCAUUUAAAGUGCAAUACGACUUCCUUUAUAAAUCUAGUUCCAAAAAUCGGUGAACGCUCCAUUCAUUCAUGGACAUUCGAUCGGCAUUUUCCCUUGAAUACUGAAACGUUUUUAUAACGUAUCCUAAGCAUAUUUUAUGUUUGUUAUAUUGAUUAUUUCUUUAUUGGUGAUAUUUUGUGAUGCUUUAAGGCGAAAUCUACAUUUACAUCCGCAUAAUUAUUAAAAUUUAUUCUAUUUAUUGUAUAAGAUGAAGCUAAUAGAUUUUUCUAAGAUAAUUUUAAAAUAAAGCACAUUUUAACAGUUUA